GAUCAUUGAUCAGCAUGGAUAUCGAACAACUGGCCGCUCGACGUCAAUCGCAAAUCCGCAGUUCAGCACUACCUUCGCUUUCCCCUAGCCAAUUCUGCCCUCAAGAAUCCGGUCUCUAGCAGCGCAUCAUCUACCUUCUUGAGAAUGGUCUUCUUCGGUCUCGGUGGUCUUCUUUAUGUGUCCAUCCUCCUCAUCAACGCCAUCGCCGUUCUUUCCGAGGACCGCUUCCUUGCCCGCAUCGGCUGGACCUCCUCCGCAGCCGCAGACCCCGGCUUUGGCGCCCCGCGGGACGAUGCGAGUGUAAAGGCGAGAUUGGUGCAAUUUGUUUCUAGUGUGCGAACGUUGAUGCGGAUACCGCUCAUGUUCAUCAACACCAUCUUAAUUGUUUACCUCCUCGUCCUUGGAUGAGUCGAUAAUGGACGAGGAACAAGAUAUAUAUUUUGGACGACGCACAAAUUCACUCAAGAACCACGAGACACAAGCGCCUGGGGAUGAGAACCCGGUGAGAGAGACAUCCGCGGUGCAAGGCAGGAAGAGCAACGAUGAUGCGUGGAGGGGAGCAGCGACACCCGAGCCUGGAGGAUCAAUGCGUGGCGAUUCGAGGGAUAUGG